UGUAACCAGGACGUUUUAUUCGCUUUAGGUUUCUUGUAUUUUGCAGUUCGCUGUAUUCACUCAUUGUUAGCCUCAUACUCAGGUCACGUGUUAGUCUAGCUAUAAAUAGCACGUACACACAAAGUCUUCUGGUUCAUUACUGUAGGAGACUCUUUACUUCCUAAUUUGUCGAGUCGUUUGAACAUGUCUGCAACUGCUCGUCCGUUGAGGGAACGUGUUCGUAAGCACUAUGAUUAUCUCAUCAACGAACUGAUGGUGUCGUCUUACGUGAACGUUCUCUUCCAAGAGAAAGUGCUUUCUAGUGAAGAGAAGGAGCGUCUGUCUGCACGAGGCGGUCGGCAAGAACGGGCACAGGAUUUUGUAGACACGCUCAUGCACAAAUCUGAAUCAAGUAUUCACAAAUUCUUUGAUAUUGUCAGAGAGCACGAAGACAAGCAGCCGCACAUCUACUAUGAUGUCUUUCCUCAACACAAAGCAAACGAGAUGCAAGCGCAACGUUCGGUUACUGCAGCUUCUCUUGCUGCUCUCGAGACAGAGACGCAAGGUUGUGGGUCAUCGAAGGCUCAGCUGUUUGAUUUGUGUGACAUUGUGGGUGAGAAGUGGCGUGAUUUGGCCGAUCGUCUCAACAUGAGCAGAUAUGAUGUUGAGAUGAUAGAACUGGAGGUUCAUACAAAGAAGGAACGAGCAUUUAUGAUGCUAUGCAAAUGGCAGUCGAUGGUAGGAGACAAUGCAACUGUAGAGAAGGUAAAAGCUGAACUAAAAGAGAUUGAAGAGCAGAAGAAGGAAGAAGCCAUUGCAAGUAUAGUGUUUCCCAAUGAGCUAAUGGAAGAAAAGCAAUUUUGUGGUCGCCAUAAAGAGUUGACAAUUUUGUCCAACACAAUGUGGGGAGAAAAGGCUCCACAAGUGUCUACGUCAUUGAAAUUCUGUUGUGUGGUGAUCAAAGGAAUGGGCGGAGUGGGGAAAUCAUCUUUGGCAGCCAAAUAUGCAUUUCAAUGUAAACAUCUGUAUAGUGAUGGAGUGCUGUAUUUCAAUGCAGAAUCAUGGGCAACACUGACAAACUCAGUCAUACACAAUCUCACAGUCUUGUCUUUAAGUUCUCCUUCUGUUUCACGUUCUCAAAGUCGAUUUGAUGAGCUAAAGAGCAAUCCAUUAGAAGACAACAAUGCAGUGCUGCUUAACCACAUUUCCAAGCUUCCUAAGAUGUUGCUGGUGUAUGAUGGUGCAGAUGAUCUCUCUUUUCUGCCUAAAAUUCUCCCUCGUUCAACUGCUCGUGUCCAUGUGUUGAUCACAACUCGAUGUGAUGAUUGUCCUGUGUUACAGAAAUCACUAAAUCAUGUCAUCUCUCUUGGUUGUUUGGAAGCGGAAGAUGCCGUGGCAGCUGUAGCCAUGUGGUCUGGUCGUCAACCGUCCAACAGUCAAGAAACAGCAGCAGCCACCAAAUUGUCAGUUGAAGCUCCCAUAGAAAAGCUAGCAAUUGCUCUUGCUCAUGCAGGCACGUAUAUGCGAAAGGCACAUCUAAGUUAUGAGGAAUAUUACAAACUGUUGAAAAGAAAUGAAGUUGAACUUGAGGGUUUGGCAUUGGAUCUUGACAAACUGUUGCAUUACUUUAGAGCGAGUCGUCUACGUGAAGUGCUAAUGGAAGCUGAUGUAACUCAACCUCCUGAUUUGAAACGGUUGAGUGACAGGAAUAUUGAUGAGUUGGAUAUAAGUGAACGUGACAAAAAUGUUGUAAAAAAUGUGAGAAAUUUUAUGAUGUCUUGUAGUCAUGCUCAUCUGACAUGGCAGAUGGACAUUGAGUUGGUUGCAAGAGAGAAUGCCAAAGCGUUGUCUCUACUUGAAUAUGCAUCAUUUCUGUCUUCAAGAGACAUUCCAGAGAAGCUCGUUCGUCCUCUUGUGUUUGGUGAAUGUGCCAAUUAUGAAUACAGUUUGUGUGUCUCAAGUUUGUCUUCACACAAUUUAGUUGAAUGGCACGAGACAUCAGAAGGUUACACUUUGAAUAUUCAUCCAUUGGUGCAGUCAACAGUGAUGGAACGUGUCAAGCAGAAGCCACAUGAGAUGGAAUGUAAACUAACUGAUGUUUGUAACAAUAUGCUGUCUCAUCUACCGCGCAGUGAAAUGGACUUGAAUCAUCUUCCAAGUGAUGUACAACUUCAACUAUCUUCUCACUCGUAUUCAUUGGCUAAGCAUGUAUUGCUAGCUGAUGUAGAAAUACCAGCUUGCUUGGAGUUGUUUAGGCGGACGUGUGCUAUGUUUAUGUUGUACCAGCCUUCUGACACAUUAUGUUAUUUGUGUGAAAAAUGGUACCACAAAGUGAUGCAGUUGGACAGUUUUCCACAUGAGGUCAAACGCAAAUGGCUCAUUGAAGCAAGUAAUCAUUUGAGUUUGGCAUAUUUUCAAAAGUUGAGAAUCAAGGAGUCAUUAGAUUUGAGUCUGAAAACCAAGAAGAUGAUUGAUGAGUUAAAACCAGAUGAGAAGAAAGAAAUAUAUGAACAUCAUGAAAUUGUGUUGGAGAUUAUUCUUUAUUGCUAUCACCAACCGAAGAAAUAUGAAGAAGAAAAAUUUUAUCUGAAAGAGCUGAUGUUGCUGAUGAAAACUUCUGGAGAACAACUUGGAGCUGAAUUUGCUUUACUUGAAUGCCACAUGGCAGAGAACUACGUUAAGAGGGGUAAACGAGACAAAGCAAUGAAAUUAUGCCAACAAGUGAUGGAAAAGUUAAAUGAUAUGGAGGAAUAUGAUCAGAUCAAAGUGAUGUCAAGAUUAUCAAAUUGUUUUCUAUUUUUGGAAGAAUUUGAAAAAGCAGAUGAUUUAUUGGAUAGGUCAUGGAAAUUGUUUUCCAGAGUUGAUUAUGACAAUGUUCUUCGUGUGCGCCUUGAGGUCAUGAUGUACAAGUGUGAGUGUGAGAUUACAAGACCUAAUGCAUCAAAAGAAAAGCUUACUGAAGCAUUGGAACUAGCAAAAUCAGCUUUGUCUAUUGCUCAGUCUUUUUUACCAUCAGAAAGUUCAAAGAUUUUGUAUUGUAAACUGCAAAUUGCUAGAUGUAACAGUAAAUUAGGAAACAAGGAAACGGCCAUUGAACAACUGAAAGAGAUCAGGAAAGUUGAAGAGGCAAACAUGACUCAUUCACAUUACAGACUGUGUGAUGUAAUCAAAGAAUUAGGAGUCAUACAUGUGGAGAGAGGUGAUUUAUGUCAAGCUCUGACGUGUUGCAAGGAAGCACUAGAGCUGUACCAGCAGGAGGACACUUCUUAUCAUGUGGAAAUUGCUGAUACUCUCAUGUUUAUUGGUACAAUAUAUUGUAAGAUGGGCAACAUCACUGAUGCUGUAAAGCAUUUAGAGCAGUCUAUAGAAAUUAGAGAACAGAAGCAGUUACGACCUUGUCGUGAAGCUGGUCUAUGUUAUGUAUAUCUUGGAAUUUGUCAUUUACCGACAGUAGGAAGAAAGACAACAUUUGAACAAAAACUACAAGGACUUUAUCAAGCACGAGAGGCAUUUACUAAAUCUCUCAACAUACUGUUAUUUUAUUCAAAUUGUGAUGAUCAAGAAAUAUUGAAAGUGUUGAGGCACCUUGCUGCUACAUAUGACAUGAAAAUUGAUGAGGAGACUAUAGAUGAGAAGGCCACUAUGCUAAAACUAAUAGCAAGGAAAGCAUAUGCUUGGAGAGAUUAUGCCAGAGCUAAAGAUUUGUUCUACAUGCAAAUGAAAGUUGAAGCUGCUACAAUAGUUUUACAGCCAGUACAAAAAGCUAUUGCACUGCACAACAUCGGUUUGUGUCAGAUACGUCUCUCACAGUUGGACAAAGCUGAGGAAACAUUUACUGAAUCACUGAGAAUUGCUCAACCUCUGAGACCAGAAGAGCAUCAAGGUUUACAGAUUUCAUCCAUCAAAAAUCUGCUUGGACUAGUUCGGAUGCUGAAGAACUUUAGAACGUUAGAUUAAGGUACAGACUUAUUAGUAACACAAUACAGUCACAAGAUUCAUGAAGUGUAUUUUACAGUUAGUACUGAUUGUCAUAUGUCUAUAUGUUUGUUUGCUUUUUGUCUGCUUAUUGAUAUCAAAUAUAUUCUAAACUUUAUA